UUUCUCUUUUUAAGGCCUGGUCAAAAAAAGAGUUCACCAACCAAUUUUUCCAAACUCAUUAGCAAUGGUUAUAAGAAUGAGUGGCUGCAGCAGCAGCGAACUGACUCAGACCAGAGGACCCCGAAGACAUCCGGGGCGUCAUCGUCAUCUCAGUCCUCACGAGACCUGGAAGGUCCCCAGGAGGCAGCAAGGCUCCAGGAUGCAGAAGGCCCUGAGGAUGCCCCAGAAUCUUCUCAAAGUGAGUAUUUAUGAAGUAAUCUGCAUCAAAACACAAAAGGUCUUACACAAAAAAAUUCGAUGGACAUAGUCCUGCAAUCUGAGACCGAAGCCACUCAGGAGCCUGCAACGUCCUUCUCCAAACUGCAUGCAUUCUGACUAUAAAAGCCUGUGCCAUACAUGCUUUAAAAAAAAUC